ACAGCAAAUGGUGGGGUCAGCCCUGAUGGUGUGUGAGGGACCAUGGGGGGUGUCAGGAGAGUAUGAAAGGACUUGAAGUUGGCCUGGGGGCAGCAAGGGGCUUGGGUUGUGGGGCACAAAAGGGUGUGAGGUUUGAGUGGGGGAUGGUUGGCUGUGGACAUAGGAGGCUUUUUGUGUCCCCCCCUUGUGUGCAGUGGAGCCAUCGGGGUGGCUGGAGCUAGGGCUGUGACAUCACAGUGGUACUGGCGUUGGGGGAGCCAUAUCCUGCGUUCCAGCAUCAGUGGUACUGGGGUUCAGAGGCCAUGUCCCGUGCUGGACUCCGACUUAAGCCCCCAGCAGGACAGAGGAAUAGGCCAAGCUGCUUGGCAGAGAGGAGGAAGAGCCACCCACAGCUCUCCUCAGGCUGCCAUGGGACAAUGUGACCCAGAGAGCAGCACUGCAGGCACACAGUCCCCCAGACAGGGACAAUACUUGAGCAGGGUACACUUCAGCCACCUCAUGGCCCAGGAGGCUGGGGACAAGGAUACAGAGGGGUAUCCUGGGACUGUGCACUGCAGCUGGGAUGCUGGCAGCACAAGGCCCAGCAGGUCAGAGACUACCCUUUCAAGCACCCAAAGGUCAUGUCAGAGACAGGCAGGUCAGUGCUUUCUACCUCUCCGUGCCUGCCCUGUGGGACUGGGGAUGUGGGGACAGUGGGCUCAGACAGGGCUGUCCUCAUAGGGCAUUCAGCAACCACCACCACCAGGCACCGGGGUCGCUGCCAGCGCUUGCUUAGCCUUGAGCAGAUCAAGAAGGCUAAGCUGCAUGUGGAGAUGGCCAUUAAGGAGAAGAAGAUCUUCAUGGUACAGGGCCCCUACCCCAUCAUCCGUCGCCUGCUGCGAGCCCGGGGCUGGGUGGAGAGGAAGGCGCCCCGCACGGGCAGGCAGCAGGAGCAGCAAUGUGGUGACCAAAACAAGCAGCGGCUGCAGACAAGGCCAAGUCAUGGUAGUGCUAGGCAGAGGGAGGUGCUGCUGAACCCACGUGGUGGGGCACAGCCUCUUCUGGGGACCACAGACCCCCUGCAAUACCCGUGGCUACCUGCUGAGAAGGAGGAAGAUCAGUGUGAUGAGGACCCACACGGCAUCCAUGACCUCAUGUCCUACCUGGCACGGGACCAGUUGCCAAACUUCAUCUGGACCAACUUCCUUGAGGCCGUUGACCGUCAGCUGAUGCAGGACAACAGCGUGCUGAACCACUAUGCCCGGGUGGAUGCAUUCACCACCAAGGAGGGGCUGUGCCUCAGCCUACAAAACCUGCCGUGGAUUGAGCAAGCUGACCCCAACACCUUCUUCCCCCGGUGCUACCGGCUGGGGACCAGAGAUGAUCGAGAAGCUUUCAUUGGUGAGCUGAAGGCUGUUGCCCUCCUGUCCUUCCUUGUGCUCCCACCGCUCCGAUGUCCUGUGCAGGACUGGCUGGGGAUGAUGCCUCCCUCUUGCAGAGGAUUUCCGCCUGACAGCAGCACGCAGUCUGCUCAAACUGGCCCUGGAGGAGGCUGGGGACAGGCCAGUGAGGACCCCAGCUCAUGGGUGCUCUGCUCCCAAUCCCAUCCCCAUGCACCCAAAGCCACCCAUCCCACAGGGAGGCUCUGUCCCCAAAGCUGGCAUAGGAGUCACAUCUCUCACCCCAAGCAUUCCACAGCACAGCCAGGCUCCCCCCUGUACCCUGAGCUGGUGGAGGAAGCCCUGGAGGUCUGUAAGCAGCACCUGGGCGUGCUGCAGCACGAGGACAUCGACAGGAACACCCCGUCCCCCUGCAGGACAUGCAUCGACUGGGACAACUUCCUGCAGCAAUACUACCGUGUGGCACAUGAGGGGGCAGGGCUGAUGCUGACCAGGCAGCAGCGGAAGCAGUGCCAGAACCUGCUGCAGAGCCUGGCAGAGAAGUUGCCCCAGCUUGACAUGGAGGGCAAGCUCAACGUCUGGAUCCUCAAGCCUGGUGCUGAAUCCCAAGGCAGGGGCAUUGUCUGCAUGACGCGGCUGGAGGAGAUGCUGCAGCUGGCAUGGAGCUGCACAGCACCCUCGGUGCAGGUGGGCAGAUGGGUGGUGCAGAAGUAUGUGGAACGGAUGUUGACCAUUUUUGGCACCAAAUUCGACAUCCGGCAAUGGUUUGUUGUGACUGACUGGAAGCCACUGACCGUCUGGUUCUACCAAGACUGCUACCUGCGCUUCUGCUCCCGGCCCUUCUCCCUGCAUCACCUGGAGCGUGCCAGGCACCUCUGCAACGUCUCCGUCCAGAAGUGGUACAAGACGUCACCAGACCAGGACCCCCGUGUGCCCCCUGACAAGAUCUGGUCAAACAAGCAGUUCCAGGAAUACCUGGCACAGGUGGGGCAGGAGGAUGCUUGGCACAAGGUGCUGGUGCCCGGCAUGAAGGCGGCAAUCCUGAAUGCUCUGCGCAGCGCCCAAGACCGGGUGCACUUCCGCAAGGGCAACUUCGAGCUCUAUGGGGCUGACUUUGUGGUUGGGGAGGACCUCCAGCCCUGGCUGCUGGAGAUCAACUCCUGCCCCACCAUGAGCCCCUCCUCAUCAGUGACCCGACAGCUCUGUGCCAAUGUCCAGCGGGACACGCUGUGCCUCGUGAUUGACCGCAAGGACAACCCCACCUGUUCCAUUGGAGCGUUUGAGCUCAUCUACAAGGAGGCAGCUGUGCCCAAGCUUCUGUCAGGACGUGUGAAGCUGCUGGUCAAAGGCUGUUCCCUGAAGAGCCUCCAGUCAGCACAAGAGCAAGCCCAGGACCAGCCCCCCACCAUGGCCAAUACUCUCCAGGACCUUGCUUCCCCAAGGGCCAGAGACGGCCGCGUACCCAAGCGAACACAGCGCCAUUUCUCCACCACUGUGCCCGGUGACCGCAAGCUCCCUGUGUCCCCAAGGGCCAGAGCCACCCAUAUACGCAAGCGAGCACAGCGUCAUUUCUCCAUCUCUGUGUCCAGUGCCCCCAAGCUCUCCCUGUCCCCAGGGGGCAGAAGUGCCCAGGUGCCCCGGAGGGCAAGGCAUCGAUCUCCUACCAUGGUGCCCAGUGCUUCCAAGUGCUCUGUGUCCCCAGGGGGCAGAACCACCCAGGUGCCCUGGAGAGCUCGGCAUCGAUCUCCUACCAUGGUGCCCAGUGCCUCCAAGUGCUCUGUGUCCCCAGGGGGCAGAACCACCCAGGUGCCCUGGAGAGCACGGCAUCGAUCUCCUACCAUGGUGCCCAGUGCCUCCAAGCGCUCUGUGUCCCCAGAAGGCAGAACCACCCAGGGGACCCAGCCCAGAGCAGCAACAAAGAAGCUGCCUCCUCUGGAGCAACAGAGCCGCUGCCCUUACAUCAGUUCUGACCCCCCAGCACCACCAAAGCCUCGGGCCUCCUCUGCUGGGAGCCAGGGGCUGCCACGGCUGGGUCACCUGCCUGAACAGCCCCGGAUGAAUGGCUGCCCCCUGAAUUGGGUGCCAAUGCCACCACCCCGGGGAACCCCCAGAAACUCCUGGCUAACCCAAGGUUCUGCACGCUCCUUCCCUCCUGCCAAGCCCCCACAACAACCUCAGUCUGCACAGAGCCCCGGGACCUCGUGCCUGGAGCAGAAGGACACAGCAGCUCCCAAUGGGAAGCAGAAGACUUGGGACACUGAGACAGCCCCAGGAGUGGACAACACCCUGCCUGUCCUUGCUGAGCCAACACCGGCUGCCUCUGAUCCCAAAGAGAUCCCACUGCUGUGUCGUGGUACCCAGCUCCUCCCGCGCUUUAAAAUGAUUCUGUGAUAAGGA